AUGACGGAGUCUUCAUUGCCUGUUGCGACGAUCCGCCGCUGCCUCUACAGGGAUCUUGACCGGGUCAUUCCCAUCUACAAUCACUACGUUUCCAAUACCAUCGUGUCCUUGGACCUAGACACCAAACCUAUCCUAUACAUGCAAAAGUUGUACAACUCCGUCCUCGAUCAGGAUCUGCCCUUCCUCAUCGUAACCAUCAGCAACGAUCAUAACCCUGCUCGCAAAGAAGAAGACAUCAUAGGCUAUGCAUACGCAAACUUUUACCGCCGCCUGCCUGCCUUCGGCGGUACCGUCGAAAUUCUCAUCUACCUUGACCCAAAUGCCACGGGCCAAGGGAUUGGGAAGAGACUGCUGGACGUUCUGAUGGUGACGUUGAAGGAGGUCACUCCGGCCACAGACCGGGACCAUGGUAUCAGGGAGGUGCUGGCGAUUGUACCUGUGGAUGAAGGGCGUGAUGCUAGUGGAUUUUUUCGGAAAGGGGGGUUCGAGGACAGGGGAUUGUUGAAAGGAGUUGGGUGUGUCUUUUUGUUGGGGCUGCAUGCUAUCUUUUCGGGACCAGAAAGCUUCUUCACUCUCCAGCACCGUCUUUUUGUUUGGGUGAAAGGCCAGGGUUUGGCAGCAAAAGGAUUUUUCAGCUCUCUCAACUGGUCUCAUUUCUCGGGAUUACUUGGAAACAGCGACACUGACUCUGAAAUCUACGCAGGAAGAUGGGGAGGUGGGUUGACACAAGAACUUUUCAACGGUCCCUUGCUGAGGAGCCAAAGGAUGGAGAGAAGGGCGUGCAGAAGAAGAGACAGCCAAAGCGACACUGGUGGAGCUCUGUGUUUCGCCGGAGAUGACGGCUGGCAAGGCCGAUGGUACGGGACUAAUGAGAACGGUGCAUUGGAUACUACACUCCAGAGGAAUAGACGGAGAGCGAGGAUCAAGACUCGCAGGGAUUCGAUGUACAGGGCUGAUAUGCCGGGCUUCACUGCAGCGGGGAGGUAUUCGAUUUAG